AUGGCUCAUAAAUCUAUGACAUUCAAGGGUGUGGCCAUAGACUUCUCUCAGCAGGAGUGGGAAUAUUUUGACUCUGUUCAGAAGAACUUGUACCGGGAUGUGAUGAUGGAGAGCUAUGAUAACUUGGUCUCAUUGGCGGGACAUUCCAUUUCUAAGCCAGAUGUGAUUAUGUUGUUGGAACAAGGACAAGAUCCCUGGAUGGUUGUGAGGGAAGACACAAGAAGAUGGUGUACAGAUUUGGAAUCAAGAUAUGAAAUAAUCAGCUGUGACAAAGUACACAUUUUUAAAAAACAUUCAUCUUUUACUGUACAUCAGAAAAUUCAUACUGGAGAGAAACCCUAUGAAUGUGACAAGUCUGGGAAGGCUUUUAGUUGACAUACAGACCUUACAGUACAUCAGAGAUUUCAUACUGAUGAGAAACCCUAUGAAUGUGAGCAAUGUGGAAAGUCUAAUCGUGCAUCCAACCUUCUGCAACAUCAGAGAAUUUAUACUGGUGAAAAACCUUAUAAAUGUGAGGAAUGUGGAAUGACAUUCAGUUGUAGGAUAGACCUUAGAGUUCAUCAGAGAACACAUACUGGUGAGAAAUCCUAUGAAUGUGAGGAAUGUGGGAAGGCUUUUAGUCAAGCCUCUCAUCUUGUGCAACAUGACAGAAUUCAUACUGGUGAAAAACCCUAUGAAUGCCAUGAAUGUGGGAUGACCUUUAGCCAUGGUAUAGGUCUUAGAGUACAUCAUAGAAUUCAUACUGGGGAGAAACCCUACAAAUGUAAGGAAUGUGGGAAGGCCUUUAGAUGUGCCUCAAAUUUUGUACAAUGUGAGAGAAUUCAUAUUGGGGAGAAGCCCUAUGAAUGUAAGGAAUGUGAGAUGACAUCUAGUCAUGGUUACCAACUCAUUCCACAUCGGAGAUUGCAUAUUGGCAUAAAACCCUACGAAUGUAAUGAAUGUGGGAAGGCCUUCAGUCAUCUUUCAGCACUUAUUCAAAUGAGAGAAUUCAUACUGGUGAGAAACCCUACAAAUAUAAAGAAUGUGGGAAGGCCUUUAUCCAUGGUGGAAGCCUAAAAAUGCAUCACAGAAUUCAUACUGGUGAGAAACCCUAUGAAUGUAAAGAAUGUGGGAAGGCCUUUAGUUACACCUCAGCCUUCUUAGGCAUGAGAAAAUUCAUACAGGUGAGAAACCAUAUGAAUGUAAGAAAUGUUGAAAGGUCUUUAGUCGUAUUGAAAGCUUUAGUGUGCAUCAUAGAAUUCAUACUGGUGAGAAACUCUAUGCACAUAAAGAGUGUGGGAAGACUUUUAGUAGUGGCCAUCAACUAAUUUUACAUCAUAGAUUUCAUACUGGGGAGAAACCCUAGGAGUGUAAGGAAUGUGGGAAGGGUUUUAAUGUGUAUGGAUGACUUACUCAACACCAGAGUAUUCACAGUGGUGAGAAACCUUUUGAAUGUAACACACAUGGGAAGUCUUUUAGGCUUAGUUCAGAUCUUAAAGUAUAUGAGAGAAUUCAUACUGGAGAGAAGCCUGAUGAAUAUGAGGACUGUGGAAAGGUGUAUAUGUGCAGUAGAGAAUGUAUAAUGCAUCCGUUUUAUAACACUGAGAAAGAAUGUGGGAAUGCUUUUAGAUAUGGUUCAGUUCCUAUAAGGCAUUAAAAAAAUUAUACUGGUGAGAACUCCUCAAAAUGUAAAGACUGGAAUUUUUUCAUUAUGAUUCAAAUACUACUCAUACUAAGAAAUUUAU